UCUAACAGUCUCGGUAUUUGGUUUCCUCUACUUUUACACUUGCAAUUUGUCGAUCCGCAUAAAAGUGAGAAAUUAAAGUUUGAAAUAAAGGAAUAGCCAUUUUCAUCUUCAAAGGAAGAGCUAACAGUCAAUGUCAGAGUACUGUCUCACCCGUGACGACAUUGCUGUGUUAUGUACAAUUAAGUCGUGGAGCUUUUAACAUAACAAGCAAACAGAGAGGGGGCGCCAAAUUUUCGGACGACCAAAGUUAUAUUUUUUCUUGUUUUAGUAAUAUCUGUGUGAAACAGGUGACGCUUUGCUGAGUGAGAUGAACAUUACUGGUUUUGACAUAACCACGGAGACCACGGCAGAUUUGCACACAGGAACGGAAGAGGAAGACGUCAGGCGGCUAUCGACAUCAGAAGAAUAUUUGGCUUACCUUUGUACAGAUGGCAGCUGGAACUACAUUGCAGAAAGCCAUUGAUCUUGUAACGAAGGCAACAGAAGAAGAUAAGAAUAAGAAUUAUGAAGAAGCAUUAAGAUUGUAUGAACAUGGUGUAGAAUACUUUCUACAUGCAAUUAAAUAUGAAGCACAGGGGGAGAGAUCAAAGGAGAGCAUUAGGACUAAAUGUCUUCAAUAUUUAGACAGAGCCGAGAAACUAAAGGAACACCUGAAGAAGAGUAAAUCAAAGAAGCCAGUGAAGGCUGGAGAAGGCAAUUCAAAGAGUGACGAGAAAAAAAGUGACAGUGACAGUGAUUCUGAUGAUCCAGAAAAGAAAAAGUUACAGGCCAAGCUUGAGGGAGCCAUUGUUGUGGAAAAGCCAUGUGUUAAGUGGUCAGAUGUGGCUGGUCUAGAAGGAGCAAAGGAGGCAUUGAAGGAGGCUGUUAUUUUACCCAUAAAGUUUCCACACUUGUUUACUGGAAAAAGAAUUCCUUGGAAAGGAAUAUUGCUUUUUGGGCCUCCUGGAACAGGAAAGUCUUACUUAGCAAAGGCAGUAGCCACAGAGGCAAACAAUUCCACUUUUUUCUCAGUUUCAUCUUCAGAUCUAGUAUCCAAGUGGCUUGGAGAAUCUGAGAAACUUGUAAAGAACCUAUUCGAAUUGGCAAGACAGCAUAAACCAAGUAUCAUAUUCAUCGAUGAAGUCGAUUCACUUUGUUCAUCGCGCUCUGACAAUGAAUCCGAAUCAGCAAGAAGAAUCAAGACUGAAUUUCUGGUCCAGAUGCAAGGUGUUGGCAGUGAUAAUGAUGGCAUACUAGUUUUGGGGGCUACUAACAUCCCUUGGGUAUUAGAUGCUGCUAUUCGAAGAAGAUUUGAAAAGAGAAUUUACAUUCCUCUUCCUGAGGAACAUGGCAGACUCACAAUGUUCAGGUUGCAUUUGGAAAAUACAGCACACACACUCACAGAAGAGGAUCUCAGAAAGCUGGCCAAGAACACAGAAGGGUAUUCUGGUGCUGAUAUUAGUAUUGUGGUACGAGAUGCAUUGAUGCAGCCUGUAAGAAAAGUUCAAACUGCUACCCAUUUCCGGCGUGUCCGGGGGCCAUCUCGCACAGAUCCUAAUAUCAUUGUAGAUGACCUUGUUACACCUUGCUCACCUGGAUGCCCUGGGGCUAUUGAAAUGACGUGGAUGGAUGUGGAGGGUGAUAAGCUAUUUGAGCCACCAGUUACAAUGAGUGACAUGAUGCGGUCGCUUGCCACUUCAAAACCCACAGUGAAUGAUGAAGAUAUGGCAAAACUAGAAAAAUUCAAAGAAGAUUUUGGUCAAGAGGGAUAACUGUUUAUUAUGUGACUGGUUCCUCCUCUGUAAUAUCAUCCUUUUCAAUACUACACAUUUUUUGCAGACACUCACAUUGCUUAUAAAGCAGUGUGGCUGGUCCAGAUGGUACAUGUUUAAUUAGUGAAUAAUGUGCAUGUUUUUCUUUUUGUUUUCUCAUAUGGAUACUUAAAAGCAUUGCAGUCAGCUGUAAACAAAUGGAAACAUGUACAUAGUAUUAAUUAUGGACCACUGUCUUGUAAUUUAUCAACGUUCCAUUAUACGUUUCACUCAAAUCCAGAAAGCCACAAACAUUGUAUAAUACUGCAUGUAUACAAAUUACAAAAUAGUACUUUAUAAUGGCAAAAUUUCAUGUUGGGUGACAAAGGUAAUAACACUUCAACAUGGUAUAUAUAUAUAUAUGUGUAUAAAGAUUCUUUCAUGUCAUUUUUAUUAUAAUAACUUCAUGAUUUCUUUUUGUAUUGUUAUGAGUGGUAUUUUAUAUAUAUAUAUCACCUUACUACAGAUGGUCAUUUGACUACUGAUUACAUCAUAAAAACAGGCACGUUCAUGUUUAAAUCGUAUAUUUUAGCAGACAUGCCAGCUUGUUGAGAAUCCCUUGUGCACUGGGAGGAAUGUUACUAUAAUAUUCUAUGGUAAGAUAGAACAGCAGAUUGAAUUAACACAUCACUAUCAACAUGAGUGCUUUAUUUUUGCCCUAAUUUUAAAACAGCAUUUAAAAAAGAUCAUUUGUGUACAGUACUCUGCUUCUGUAUAUACAAUAGCAAUAAAUAAUUUUGCUUUAGUGAAAGAAGACUGAAGUGAAUAAAACUCUAGUUUAACCCCCA